UAUAAUUUUUUUACAUUUAUUUAUGUGAAUGUGGAUUGCUGGAAAUGGGUGGUUUGAAUGAGGUCAUCCAAUCACAUCAACAUUAGAAUAUGGGCCUGCCCAGUUCCUAUAAGUUUAUAGUAAGAUUUUCCCCAGUCAACACAUUCUCAGAUCUUAGAAGGACGGAGUGUGAGUGUACCUUUUAAGUGCUGAAUUUAAUCAAGAUACAAGUAGAAAAGUACGAUUGUGAUCCAAAGCAUAAAGAAUAUUUUGGUGACCCUGUUGCAGGGCAACACCGGAUGGAGUAUAGACUCAGCAGCUCGGCAAGACGGCGUGGAGGUGUAACCAGGGACAACUCAGGAAUUGGUUGGGGGUGGAAAAUAUUCGCCUGAGAGGGUUUUCUCCCCACACCUGGCUGGAGGAUGGAUGAGUGGUUCACCGUGCGGCCUUUCUGCUUAAAGCUGCUGAGUGUUUGGUUGCUGGUCAGGGCGGCUGGGGUGGCUGGCUGCUCCUCGGAAUGCAGCUGUACCCAGUUCCUGACCAACUGCACAGGGAGGCACCUCCGGCAGCUCCCCGCUGGCAUCCCGUUCAGCACCCAGCAGCUCAUCCUGUCCGACAACAACAUCUCCAUCCUGCCCCCUGUCGCCCUCAACUACCUGGGCGGCCUGCUGUACCUGGACUUCAGCAACAACUCCCUCACUGAGAUCUCGCACAGCUCCCUGCUCAACCUGAAGAUCCUGGUCUACUUAGAUCUCAGCCGCAACCAACUCCGGAGGAUCACCCACCUCAGCUUCAGGUACCUGACCGGUAUGGUGGUGCUGAAGGCCAGUCGCAACAAGGAGCUAAACUUCAUUGACAACCGCGCGUUCUCCACAAACCAGAAACUGCAAGAGCUUGACAUCAGCGACAAUGGACUGACUUUCAUUGAUGCCAGCAUGUUAGAAGCACUUCCCCACUUGCGCUCCGUGCGCCUGUCUGGGAAUCCUUGGACCUGUAACUGCAGCACUCAGUACUUAAGCAACUGGAUGAGAAAAAACAGAAAGCUCAUUCCAGAUGCUGCUAACGUCACAUGCACAUUUCCAGAGUCUUUGCAAGGUGUCCUUGUCAUGGAAGCUGCAAAUAAACUUUCCUCACUUUGCAGUGGAAAAAGGCAACUCAAAUCAAGAGAAGUCCUUUAUUUUUGUCUUAUUGGCCCAGGAUUAUUUUCUGCAAGCAUUGUUCUCAAUUUCACUUGCAGUCUACUGAUGGCUCACUUCAACAGAUUCAAAAGGAAAGAGCUCAAGCGUUAUCGUAAACUUCGUCGGGCCAUCUCAUUUAAAUACUCAAAGCGGCCUAAUGUGAUAACUCAGGAACACAUUGCCAAAGCCAAUACAAAUAUAAAUGUUCGUGCAGGAACAAAACACAAUGGAUGACUUUAUACCUGAAUGUUUACUGCUAUGAAAUGGUGAUCCAUAUUGAAUAGGCAUUUAAUAAACUGGCACAGAAGAUGCUAAUUGAAGUAUUGCCUUAAUAUGAAAGCCAUCAGCACUGUUAUGUUACAAUUAACCUUGUUGACUGGAUUGCAAUUAAUCAUUUCUGAACUCAAUUUU